CUGACGUGAAACCUCGACAAUUCCUUCCAUUUGUUUCCGAUGCUGCCUGACCCACUGAGUUCCUCCAGCGGUUUGUUUUAAUGCUCCUGCUUCCAGUAUCUGCAGUCUCUUGUGCCUCUAGAUAGACGUCACUUAGCAGAACAUCAGACACUCACUGUAUCAAACGGGAGCUCUGAUCUGUGCGAGAUGAAUGUGGAAGAUAUGUUGAACGUUUCAGGAGGACCAAGAAAGGUUGAGGUGCAACACUUGCCACUCGGAGGAGUCUUGAGUCUUUCCACGAUGCCCGGAUCCCUCCCUGCUACAGCUGAGGCCCGCUGGCCCAAGGAUGUGGGCAUCAUCGCCAUGGAGAUCUACUUCCCGGCACAGUUUGUGGAGCAGGCCGAGCUGGAGAAGUUUGACGGGGUUGAUGCCGGCAAGUACACGGUGGGGCUGGGCCAGUCGCGGAUGGGCUUCUGCUCCGACCGCGAGGACAUCAACUCGCUGUGCCUGACGGUGGUGCAGCGGCUGCUGGAGCGCAACAACCUGCCCUACGAGAGCAUCGGCCGGCUGGAGGUGGGCACCGAGACCAUCAUCGACAAGUCCAAGUCCGUCAAGACUGUGCUGAUGCAGCUGUUUGAGGAGUCGGGCAACACCGACAUCGAGGGCAUCGACACCACCAACGCCUGCUACGGGGGCACGGCCGCCCUCUUCAACUCCGUCAACUGGGUGGAGUCCAGCUCCUGGGACGGACGGUAUGCGCUGGUCGUUGCUGGAGAUAUUGCUGUCUACGCUACCGGGAGUGCACGUCCCACAGGAGGGGCCGGUGCCAUCGCAAUGCUGGUCGGACCCAACGCACCCCUGGGAUUCGAGCGAGGCCUGCGCGGAACACACAUGCAGCACGUGUAUGAUUUCUACAAGCCCGACAUGGUAUCAGAGUACCCUGUGGUGGAUGGCAAGCUCUCCAUUCAGUGCUACCUCAGUGCGUUGGAUCACUGCUACAGGUUCUACUGCAACAAGUACCAGGCACAGAAGCAAAAAGAGGGCAGCGACGCCCGGUUCACUCUGCAAGACUUCGACUACGUGGUGUUCCACACCCCCUACUGCAAACUGGUGCAGAAGUCUGUGGCCCGCCUGCUUCUCAACGACUUCCUCCGUGACCCAAAGCCCAACACCGAGAGCGGUGUCUUCAGUGGCCUGGAGGCCUUCAGGGACCUGAAGCUGGAGGACACGUACUUCGACAGGGACGUGGAGAAGGCCUUCCUGAAGGCCAGCGCCGAGAUCUUCAAGCAGAAGACGCAGCCCUCGCUGAUGGUCUCUAACCAGAACGGCAACAUGUACACGCCUUCUGUCUACGGCUGUCUGUCCGCCAUCCUGGCCCAGCGCUCAGCCAAGCAGCUGGCUGGGCAGAGGAUUGGCCUGUUCUCCUACGGCUCCGGCUUUGCUGCCACCCUGUACUCGCUCCGCGUGACCCAGGACGCCACGCCCGGCUCGGCGCUGGACAAGCUGGUGGCCAGCCUGUCGGACCUGCAGGCAAGGCUCGACUCCCGGAAGAAGGUGACUCCAGAGGCCUUUGCCAGCAGCAUGAAGCUAAGGGAGGACACCCACCACUUGGCCAAUCAGCAGCCCCAGAGCGUGGUGGAGGACCUGUUCCCUGGGACCUGGUACCUGACCCGCGUGGACGAGAAGCACCGACGGGACUACGCGCGCCGGCCCUUCCUGGAGAAUGGAAGCCUCGAGGCAGCGAUCGGCACCCUCCACGGCAGCCCUGCCACCACCGAGUGCACCCCCAGCCCGGCCAAAAAAAUGCCCAGGAUCCCGGCAACGGCUGCCCAACCCGGCACAGCAAGCGUCACCAACGGAGACCACUGAGGAAUUCCUCCUCCACCCCACCUCCCGCCUCCACUGAUGGGAUGGGAGAGAGGGAAAAUGUCCCCCAACCCACUGAGUCCGGAGAUCGAUGUGUGAGAUCCCUCAAAUUCCGGGCACGAGAUCACUGGGUCACGGCUGGAAUCCGCACACCCUCCAGGAAAGGAUUGCACGGAAGUUCUGCGGGCCAGUCCCCUUGUCCCUCCGGCUAACAUACAGUCAGUUUGUCCCCCUGGCCAUCAGCUUUUACAUUUUGUUUGCAAUCAAACGCUGUAAUUAUUUUUUAAUUCUGUUUUUUCGGUGCUGAGGUGUGUUGGAUCGACCCCUCGCCCCACCUGUUUGUACACUCUGUAAUUUUGCUGUUCACACCCGUUGUUCGUUCAGGCUGUGAGUUCGUCCGCACAGUGAGUUGGCACCAGCGUCGAUGAGUUGCAGACUCUCAGCCCCUCCUGGCUGCUGUUUGUGAUUGUGUUGGGAUUUAAUUUAAUCCAGUGUGUACAAAAAAAAUUAAUCAAACUACAUCCAAAACACAAAAUGUGUUAACAAACCUAGGAUCCAUUGUAAAGUUCUUUUUAAAUAAAAAAUAUACACACA